CCCCCCCUCGCCGAGCCGUCGCGUCCUCCAGCCCGAGGCGAGCUGGGGCGCGUGCUCUCGCGCUCUCCCUCCCCGGCCACGGGCUGCAGCGGCGCAGAGGCGGCGGCGGCGGCGGCGUCCGGAGGCUGCGGGCGCGCUCCUCCCCCUUCUGCCUUCCCUCCUGCUCCUCCUCCUGCUGCUCCGUCGUCGCCCGCUCGGCCCGAGCUGCGAGCGGCAAGAUGGCGGCGCCCAGGCCGCCGCCCGGCAGGCUGUCCGGCGUCAUGGUGCCCGCGCCCAUCCAGGACCUGGAGGCUCUCCGCGCGCUGACGGCGCUCUUCAAAGAGCAGCGGAAUCGAGAAACAGCACCCAGGACUAUCUUCCAAAGGGUCCUGGAUAUCUUAAAGAAAUCUUCUCGCGCCGUUGAGCUGGCCUGCAGAGACCCUUCCCAAGUGGAACAUCUGGCUUCCGAUCUGCAGUUAAUAACGGAGUGCUUCCGGUGUCUCCGGAACGCUUGUAUUGAGUGUUCUGUGAACCAAAAUUCAAUCAGGAACUUGGAUACAAUUGGUGUUGCUGUUGAUUUGAUUCUUCUUUUUCGUGAACUUCGAGUGGAACAGGAAUCCCUGUUGACAGCUUUUCGCUGUGGUCUGCAAUUUUUAGGCAAUAUUGCCUCACGGAAUGAAGAUUCCCAGUCUAUUGUUUGGAUGCAUGCUUUCCCAGAACUCUUUUUGUCUUGCUUAAAUCAUCCAGACAAAAAAAUUGUUGCCUACUCAUCAAUGAUUUUGUUCACAUCCCUUAAUUCUGAAAGAAUGAAGGAGCUGGAAGAAAACCUCAAUAUUGCGAUUGAUGUCAUAGAAGCUCACCAGAAGCAGCCUGAAUCGGAAUGGCCGUUCUUGAUUAUUACAGACCAUUUUCUGAAAAGCCCGGAAUUGGUUAAAGUCAUGUAUGCCAAAAUGAGCAAUCAAGAAAGGGUUACGUUGUUAGACCUUAUGAUAGCCAAAAUAAUGGGUGAUGAGCCGCUGAGCAAGGAUGAGAUCCCCGUGUUUUUGAGCCAUGCCGAGUUGAUUGCGAGCACUUUUGUGGAUCAGUGCAAGACUGUGCUGAGACUGACCUCUGAGCAGCACGCUGAUGAUGAGGAGGCACUGGCUACAAUUAGGCUUCUUGAUGUCCUUUGUGAAAUGACUGCUAAUACUGACCUGCUCGGCUAUCUACAGGUUUUUCCUGGCUUGCUGGAAAGAGUGAUUGAACUUUUACAAGUGAUUCAUGUAGCUGGCAGUGACACCGUAAACAUCUUCAGCACCUGUGCUUGCAUAAAAGCAGACGGUGACAUCUCAAAUAUGGCUGAAGGCUUCAAGUCUCAUCUCAUUCGUCUGAUUGGAAAUCUGUGUUACAAGAAUAAAGAUAACCAAGACAAGGUGAACGAGCUGGACGGCAUUGCCCUGAUCCUGGACAGCUGUAGCAUCGAUGACAGCAACCCCUUUCUAACCCAGUGGGUGGUGUACGCCAUCCGAAACCUCGCGGAGGACAAUAGCCAAAACCAAGACUUGAUUGCAAGGAUGGAGGAGCAGGGGCUGGCAGAUGCAUCCCUACUUAAGAGAAUGGGUUUUGAAGUUGAGAAGAGGGGUGACAAGCUGAUUCUGAAGUCUACUAGUGACACACCUCAGCUGUGAAUGAACUCUCCAUCCAGAACUCUGAAUUUUUGGAAUCUGUUUCAUGGAUUUUUCAUCUUCCGCAGUAUGUGAAAUUGCGAGUGUUUGAAGAUUUAUUAAGUACAAAUUCAAGAACCCGUGAAUCUUUUAGACAAUAGAGUUAAAUGCGUAUAAGCUUAAAAGUGAAAGUACCUGAGUAUUCUGUGGUUUCUUUGCUUUAAAAACGUAAUUGUCUGGUUUGCUUUCGUCCCCGUGGAUACAGUGUGCGUUUAAGUGAUGUAUUGUACUUACUGUGGCCGCAGAUAAUAAAUUCCUCUUGUUGA